GCAUACCCUUAUCUGGUUGCCUACAGCCAGUGUGGUAAAGUGACAGUAGUCGCAGCCGAAAGAUAAAACAGCUGUUUGUGACGUGUUAUUAGUUCGUUAACAUAAGAAAUAUAAAAAAACAACGAUUUGCUUCCGCCGUGCAAUUUUAGCUCAAAAUGAUAGGGAAACUGUUUGCCUUAACGGCUUUAACUAUAAUAGUUUUCUUGACUCAGAGAACUUCAACGUUGGACGCACCAAAUGAGAGCACAGCUGCCAAGGCGAAUAUUGUCAAAAUAGUGGACACGUCGGAAAACAAAACACCGAUAGUUACUGCACCUGCGGUAAAUAUUAACAAUGUAUCGACUAGUGCUAGCAGUGCCAGUGUCCCGCCCAUUGAAUUGAGUUCAGCGACUUCCGUGCUGCAAAAUGUGAAUGCAUCUAAAAACGCGACCACGACAGUCACGGAACCAUCCCUAAUUGAUCCACAUGCCGUGGAACAGGAACACAAUUCCUCGCUCUCGCUCUUCUUCGUCAUCUGCGUUAUUAUGCUGGGAAUACUUUUGAUACACUCGAUGCUUCAAACGGGCUUCCAAUAUCUGCCCGAAUCAAUUGUGGUAGUGUUUUUGGGCGCAUUCAUUGGACUGUCGCUAAAUGUCAUGUCGGGCGAAAAUGGCAGCUGGAAGCGGGAGGAGGUCUUCUCGCCGAUGGGCUUCUUUCUCGUUCUGUUGCCGCCCAUCAUAUUUGAGUCUGGCUACAAUCUGCACAAGGGAAACUUCUUCCAAAACAUUGGCUCCAUCCUGGUGUUUGCCAUUUUCGGUACAACGAUUUCUGCCCUGGUUAUAGGUGCCGGCAUCUACCUGCUGGGCAUGGCUGAGGUGGCUUAUAGGCUAAACUUUUCCGAAUCAUUCGCAUUCGGCUCUCUCAUUUCGGCUGUUGAUCCCGUGGCCACAGUUGCCAUAUUCCAUGCCCUGGAUGUGGACCCGAUCUUAAACAUGUUGGUUUUUGGAGAAAGUAUUCUGAACGAUGCCAUUUCAAUUGUGCUAACGGCUUCCAUUACGAUCAAUGCAAACGCAGACGCAGGCACAGGCGAAGCAAUGAUGAGCGCUUUGAAAACAUUUUGUGAAAUGUUUUUCGCUUCAGCUGGCAUAGGUGUUAUAUUUGCUCUUAUAUCCGCAUUGCUGCUUAAGCACAUCGACCUGCGCAAGCACCCAUCGUUGGAAUUCGCAAUAAUGCUAAUGUUCACCUAUGCACCUUACGUUCUGGCUGAGGGUAUACACCUGAGUGGGAUUAUGGCCAUACUCUUCUGUGGAAUCGUUAUGUCACAUUAUACACAUUUUAACUUAUCGACUGUCACGCAAAUUACGAUGCAGCAGACGAUGCGAACACUGGCGUUUAUAGCGGAGACUUGCGUGUUUGCUUACCUGGGCUUGGCCAUCUUUUCAUUUAAACACCAAGUGGAGUUGUCGUUCGUCAUCUGGUCAAUUGUGCUGUGUCUGAUCGGUCGGGCCUGCAACAUAUUUCCGCUAGCUUAUUUGGUAAAUAAGUUUCGUGAACACAAAAUCAAUAAUAAGAUGCAGUUCAUCAUGUGGUUCUCUGGUCUGCGGGGUGCCAUUUCCUAUGCACUCUCUCUUCAUUUGCACCUUGAUAGCCAGGAGAAGCGGCAUGUGAUUAUUACCACUACUCUUAUCAUCGUUCUGUUCACCACUCUCGUGUUGGGAGGCUCUACCAUGCCAUUACUCAAGUACUUGAAGCCUGGUAAGAAACGCCGUACACGUGGAUCUCUACGCAGCUCAAGCGGUGGCUCACAGAACUCGCAUCGAAAACGCAGCAAAUCAAUAUCCCUAUCCAAGACACGAGAGUGGGGACAAGCCAUCGAUUCGGAGCACCUUUCGGAGCUAACAGAAGAGGAGGAUGUCACCUUUACACAGGCGCGCGAUCGCUUCGGGCGCUUGGAUCGCAAGUACUUCAUACCUUUCUUUACGCGUCGCUUCAACAGCCAGGAACUGCAUGAAUGCAAGUCCCAAAUGGCCGAUUUGACCAACAAAUGGUAUCAAGCCAUACGAGUUAGUCCGUUGGACUCUGACGAGUCGGACGAUGAAAUUGGCCUCUCUGCCAAUACAAGCCAGAGUAAUUUAACUCGAUCGUAAAUCUAAGAAGAUUCGGCUAACAAGCUGGGUGUGUAAAAACAUUUGAGUGUCCAAAGUAUUUGUAUAUAUUAAGAGCUAUUCAUAUUUAUGUACCUUGUAAUCUUACUUACAAUAGUGUCCUCUUGUAUGUACGCAGGUGGCAGUAUACCCUAUUCAUAGCUGUUGCGCUUUUUGCAGUAUUUUUACUUAUUAAUCGUUUCAUAAGUUUCAAAAGAACGACAGUUAAAGCUUUGUCUUUAUUAUAUAUAUACUUGUUUAAUCUUAUGUUACAUGUUGUGUGUAAAAAUGUAGUCAAAGUCAAAAUCAAAAUAUUUGUAUUUUAU